GUGUCAUCUUCGUGCACGUCCGUCUACCUGGAUGGCUCGGAGGCGCGCGGCAGCCAGAACGCCACCGUCAUCGUCAACUACGGCUCCUACCACGGCUCGGCGAGUUUCCGCGUCUGGGUGCCGGAGGAGCCGCUGGACAUCGAGAUCCCGGAUCCGAAGCUCAGCCAGAUCCGCGGCUGGGAGGUGCGCCUGCCCGAGACCAACAAACACCCCAACGACCUGGGCAGUCUGUUCGCGGUCACGGAGACGUACCAGAGCGGCGGCGGUGGACAGAUCUGCGAGCUGCGCUACCAGCAGACCGAGAUCGAGGUGUACGCCAAGUUCGUCUCCCGAGAUGACAACUCCGGCCGCGUCUCGUAUGUGGCAGGAAGGAAGACGUCGCUGCGCGUCACUGACCUGGUCAGAGGUCAUCUCCGGGUCGCUGACCCUCAGUUUGCCACGCUCCGAGGCAACCUGCUGGUGGGCAAGGCCCAGGGACGCACCAAAGUUCAGCUGUUGUCACCCAUCACCGGGGCUGAGGUGGCCAGCCGGGAGUUCCGCGUGGCCGCCGACCGCGUGGCCGUGUCGGCGCUAGAGGCCGGCGUCAUCAGCGGACUGCAGCUGACCGUGUCAAGGCGCGCCGACAACGAGUACGCCGCCGUCACUAGCGUCACCAGCCGGCUAACGGCCCAGUACCAGGAGGGCCUGCUGGACAUGACGCUGCUCUUCAGCGACGGUACGCGCACGCCUCUCUCGGCCGUCGAUGCCUCCGCCUACUACCUGGACGUGGAGACGCUGGCGCCGCGCGUGGUGGCGCUGGCGCCUCAGUCCAGUCAGCAGCCGCGCGUGCUCGCCAUCGGACCGGGCAAGGGCAAACUGCUCAGGAUCACCCUGGAGACGGACGAGCAAUGCCGGGGGCCGCGGCGGGAAGCGCUAACCACCACCUACGCCCACGUGGAGGUGCAGUUCGCCGGCCAGCUGCUGGCCGAGGGCAUUCAGAAUGACGCGUCCCACCUGCUGGACCGACCGGAGCUGUACGAGGGCGGCACGAGGCGACACGGCCUACAGCAGGUCCUGGAGGACGUUCGUAAGGCCGG